UUAAUAAUAAAUAGUUAAAAGACGUCUCGUGUGUGUUUGUGUUUAUAAUAAAUUUAGAAUAAUAAUCAUUGGAUACUUUGUAAUCAAGUUGGACUUGAAAUGAUGACCCUCGUAACCGAUACCGUUCCGUACACGUACGACACCGUUACAAGCAGGUCGAGUUACGAGACAUAUCGACAUCAUCAUUUGCAUCAUCUGCAUCAUCAUCAUCAUCAUCAUCGUCAUAGACACAUCUAUGCUUCAACGGAUAACGAAUAUCUUUCGAGUUACGUUAGCAAAAGAGAAACGGAGGAACGACAGAUGAGAAACGUAAAUGCCGAUAACAGUUUGGCGUCGGUCAGCACUAAUCAUUUUCGUCAUGAAAAUGUCAGGACACAAUCUAGAUACAUCCUAGAUUCGGAUGAUGCAUCCUCAGUUGUCUCGGCUGACGCUUCAGCUGAUUUAGAAUCACCUUCAGCAGAUGGAGAAGAAACGAAUGAGAGUGAAACGGUUGAACAUGUUCCUCAUCCACACGUCCUGGACACGGGUUCACCACAUGGACCACGGAGGUGUCUACUUUGGGCUUGCAAAGCUUGUAAAAAGAAAACUGUUACUGUUGAUCGUAGGAAAGCUGCCACGUUGAGAGAAAGAAGACGUUUGAGAAAGGUUAAUGAAGCUUUCGAAGUAUUAAAACGAAGAACCAGCAACAAUCCUAAUCAACGUUUACCAAAAGUUGAGAUACUCAGAAAUGCGAUAGAAUAUAUCGAAAGUUUAGAAGCUUUGUUACAAGGAAAUCGAUCAUCUGGUACGCAGGAUCACACGUCGAUGGAAAAUAUGAACGGAGAAUCACCGCAAUACGUGACGGACAGACUUCGACAAUUCUCGGAUCCCUUGGCAAGGUUUCAACCAAUUAAUGGAUUCGAGCAAGUUGAAACGUCAUCGUCACAAGGUAACGGAAGUAGUUUGGAUUGUUUGAGUAUGAUCGUUCAAAGUAUAAAUGGACCACCACAAGCACCUAUGGAAAGUCAUUACUCGUCGCAUCUUUAAAGUUAAGACAGUAUUACAAAAAAAAAAUGGGAUGAUUUCUCCUAAUUUGUAAAGAAAAAA